ACCAAUGUAUCUCGAUGCACCGAUUCUUUUGAUUUAAAUUAUUCAAUCUUUUGCUGUGAACAAGCCUUAACGCAUUAUGUCAAGAGUGUGUGUUGUGCGUUCUUUACAUGCAUACCGGUCUAUCAUGCACACGUGACAUUGUUUAUAUUUAAAAAAAAUACUUAUUCAAUGAACAUUUAUUGAAACUCUCCGAUGGCACUAAGUUAUUCGAUCCUGUUAUUAAAAUAACCAUUUUUUAAUUUAUAUUUCAUCUAUCAAAUGUUAAGUAAAACCAGUGAUUUAUGUCAAACAAAGCACGUGCUUUAUGAUGGGAAUCAUUUAGCCCCUUCAAAUGACUCCCCGUUAAAAUAUAAAGUGAUAGCAAAAUGUAAAACAACCAAAGCUAGAGUUGGCGUAAUGACAUUGCGGCACGGUGAUGUUGAUACGCCAGUCGGCACACAGGGUACUUUAAAAGGAACAUUGCCAAAUCAACUAUAUAACCUGGUCUGUCGAAUUAUUUUGGCCAAUACAGACCAUUUGGGCCAUAGACCGGGUAUCGAAAUUCUCGAUAAAAUCGGUGAUUUACACAAUUUUAUGGGCUGGAAUCGAAAUUUGUUGACCGAUUCCGGUGGCUUUCAAAUGGUAUCACUUUUGAAAUUGGCUGAAAUUGAUGAGAAUGGUGUCAAUUUUAAUUCGCCAUAUGAUAGAAAUUCAAUGCUAUUAACACCAGAACAUUCUACACAAAUUCAAAAUUCAAUUGGCGCUGACAUCAUGAUGCAAUUGGAUGACGUCGUUAAAACAAUAAUAACGGGACCAAGAGUUGAAGAGGCUAUGCACCGAACGGUUCGUUGGCUAGAUAGAUGUAUUGGGGCAAACAAGCGAGAUGAUGUCCAAAGCAUUUUCCCAAUUUUUCAAGAUGGGCUCAGUGAGAGUCUACGCGAUUUAGUUCAAAUUUAAUGAGAGUUUUUUUUCAGUGGUGGCGAAUGUAAAGAUGAUUUCUGUCGUAUAGUAAACAAAUGCACCGAUUUAUUGCCCGAGGAUAAGCCUCGAUAUUUGAUGGGUAUUGGGUACUCAGCCGAUUUGGUUGUUUGUGUUGCACUUGGAAUCGAUAUGUUUGAUUGUGUAUUUCCAACACGGACAGCAAGGUUUGAAGUUGCAUUAGUUCGUGAUGCACAACCACAAUUCAAAGACGAUUUACGUCCAAUUGAUGAGGACUGUGAGUGCAGCACAUACAAACAUUAUACGCGUCCAUAUUUAAAUCAUGUGGUUCGAUUUGAAUCAAUUGGUUCGACUCUUGCAUAUCAGUUGCGUUUGAUGCGAGACAUUCGAGAGAGCAUUAUGGAAAAUCGUUUUCCACAAUUUAUCCGAACAUUUAUGGACCGAUAUUUUCAUUCAAAGCCAAUACCCGACUGGAUAAAAACCGCACUAUCCAAAGUGAAUAUUCAACUUUAAAGCAGGCACAAAAGUUCUAAAUUUAUAAUUAGAAUACCUCAUUAGAUCAAUUUUUUCUAUUUAUAAUUUAUUUGAAUUGUAUUUUAUUUUUAAAUUUAGUUCAAUUGGAUUUGACUUCUGUUUUUUAA